AUGUAUACCCAAUCACCUUUUACACCUGCUCAGAUUGAAGAGAAGCUUCAACAGGCUAUACUUGCACUUCAAUUAAAAGAAUUUAAAUCAAUUAGAAAGGCUGCAAAGUAUUUUGAAGUCCCUAAGUCCACUCUAGCCGAUAGGCUGGCUGGGAAGAAAACACGUUCCCAAACCCACGAAAUAGCUCAAAUUCUUUCAAACGCAGAAGAAAAUACUCUUGUACGAUGGAUUUCACAACUCACGAUCACUGGAUUCCCUGCUACACCUAUGUUGGUAAAGGAAAUGGCCGACGAAAUUCGUCUUCGAUACAUUCAGGUCGCAUCAUCUCGAAUUCCUACCUCGACAGAAAUUCCACUUAUAGGCCACGAAUGA